CCAGUAAAUCCUCGCUAUUCGUUUCAAAAACCCCACCGGUUCCAGAAUUGUUGAACCUCUCUCCUUUUGGAUCCUUGAAUAAUAGGCACCAAACACAACUGCAUCCAUUGUACCAGACGAUAGUUCAUUUUGAUCGGAUACUUUAUUUUGACCGUCCAAGCUGACCACCAUCCUAUUCUAUUAGGAUAACCAUUCCGAUCGCCGAUCUUUUCCUCUUACUUACCAUUGAUCUGAAUUAGGAUUCAUUCGCAUGUACUCGGAUUGCUCCAUCUCACAACUCCGCUCGCUUGUGCUCUACUCGCUUGAUCACGACCUCCUUGCGAACGCGGAGUUCACAGCGGAACGCUUACUCUCGCUCCAACCGGAGCUGCUCGACUCGCGCCACCUUUACGCCCUCGUGUUGUUCCGUCGUCGUAAGUUCCUCGCGGCGUACAACGCGUGCGCCGCGCACGCGCACGUGGGCUGUGCGUACGUGUUUGCACAUUGCGCGUUGGAGUUGGAUAUGCCCGCAGAGGGUCUCUUCAUGCUCCAGCAGACACGUGCAACGUGGGAACUGGCCGAUGCCGCGCGAUACGAACCGGGUGACGGCACUUAUAGCGGCCACGAAACACAGCGCAGCGUCAUGCCCGACCGCGCAGCCAUCUACCACCUCCUUGGCAAGCUUUAUGCAGCGACAGGCGACAUCAAGCAGAGUGCCGCGAACCAUUCGCUUGCGCUCAAGCUCAACCCCUACUUGUUCGACUCGUUCGAGGAGCUCUGCCGCAUGGGCAUCAACGUGCGUGUCAAGGCCGUGUACCACACGGACCGCGGCUUGAGCCGCGAUCCUUUCAACCACUUCAAGGAGGUUCCGGUGCCUGUGCCCGCAAAGGGUGCGAGCUCGCCGCGCACUAGCUUCUUCAGCAAACAGGCCACGCCGGAAACGCACGUGCUUCUGACGCCGCGACUCAAGCCGCAGACGGUGCCGGACGCACCUAACCGACGCGUGCGUGGCGAGUUCUCCAAGCCGGGCAAGCUUUCUGCGUCAAAGGUCACGUCGCGGCUUAUCCCCGCGGUACCCGCACGUGCACGCGACACGUUGAAGCGUGGCAGUACCGCGCUCGGCGAGGGCACACCGCACAGCGCCAGUGAGCGGGUGCAGGCGGAGACGCGACUCCUUGCGCUCUAUGCGACGUUUGCGAAGGCGCUCAAGGCGGCCAGCCACUUCGACUGCUUUAAGGCUAUCCGGAUUUUGAGCGAGCUCCCUGACAACGAACGCAACACGCCGUGGGUGGUGAGCCGCUUAGGGCGGCUUCACUUUGAGAUUGUCAACUACGCGGCCGCGGAGCGGUACUUUGAGCAGUUGCGGGCGCUCGACCGCGCGCGUGUCGAGGACAUGGAGUAUUACUCCACGUUGCUCUGGCACUUACACAAAGACAUCGAGUUGAGUUUUUUGGCGCAUGAAUUGUACGACGUGGACCCCACGGCGCCACAGACGUGGGUCGCGGCCGGGAACCUUUUCUCGUUGCGGCGUGAGCCAGAUGAGGCGAUCCGUUGCUUCCAGCGUGCUGCGCGUGCGCGUCGCUUUGCAUAUGCUGCCACGCUCCAGGGCCACGAGUACGUUGCGAACGACGCGUACGAGAACGCACUCGAGAGCUUCCGCAACGCGCUCCUCGUGGACCCACGCCACUACAAUGCGUUAUACGGACUCGGCAUGGUGUAUUUGAAGCUCGGCGACUACGCGCGCGCUGAAUUCCACUUCCGCAAGGCCGUCAACAUCAACCCGGUGAACGUGAUUCUUCUCUGCUGCGUAGGCAUGGUGUUGGAGAAGACGGGGCGCCGUGAGUUGGCGCUCAAGCAGUACGAGUUGGCUCACAAGCUUCAGCCGCUCUCGGCGUUGGCGUUGUUCAAGAAGGCGCAAUUGCUCUUUACGUUACAGAACUACAAUAGCGCUUUGAUUGAGUUUGAGCGUGUGGCUGAAUUGGCGCCGGACGAGGCGAGUGUGCACUUUCUCUUGGGGCAAUUGUACAAGUUGGCGAAUAGAAAUAACGAUGCAAUUAAGCAAUUUACGGUGGCUUUGACGCUCGAUCCAAAGGGGAGUCAUUUGAUAAAGGAGGCGAUUAUGAGCUUGGAGAGCUAGGCAGGACCGUCGCCAGACGUCGUCUCCCCGAUUUGAAGAGUUCAUAACAGGUUUAUUUCUAAAGAGCUAACACCAGGCUUACUUCUGAUCCAUAGAUAUUCAAGUGUUAAUGGAAUUAACUUGCAGUCAAACAUGUCCACACCAAAGUUGAGCUCUCUGAGUUUGGUAUAUUAAAAGCUGUAUCUAGUGUUAAUUCGCAUGGCUAAUCUCGUAUGUUGUGGUACAAGACUAUUUGUGUCCUGAAAGAUAAACCAUAUCAGCUCAUGCGAUACCUAUUUGGUAAUAUUUUUACUUCUUCUUGAAGGCUGACCUUGGGAUAUUGACGGCUUCAUAAGAAUGGUGAAAAGUAAAGGUUGGCUGAAGGAAAUUCUCUAUAGCUAUCCAAGGUCUGAUAGAGCUAAAAUACCAUUUUCA